CUCACCCCCGAUAGGCGGCCACUACUAGUACCAAACAAAACGGCCGUGCCUCCCGCGCUCCGCAUGAUCCAGCUGCCCGCCGCGCGCGAGCUGUGAACUGCGAUUGCGACGCCUCCUGCCCGCGAUCGGCCAUGUGCACCCCCGCCACGGGCCGCGGCCGCGUGCGGCUCAACGUCGGCGGGCGGGUGUUCGAGACGACGGCGGCCACGAUCGCCGCCGCCGGGCGGGACACCAUGCUCGGGGCCAUGCUGGACGCCUCCUGGAACGCCGGCCGCGACGGCGGGGGCGGGCCGGCCGAGUACUUCAUCGACCGCGACCCGGCCUGCUUCGCGGUGCUGCUGGACCUGCUCCGCACGGGCGGGCUGCACGUGCCCCCGGGCGUCCCGGAGGCGGCGCUCUACCGCGAGGCGCUCUACUACGGCCUCCUCGACCGCGUCCGCGCCGCGCGCCUCGGGGAGCUGGACGGCGACCGCCUGCGCCUGGCCGCGUCCGUCCCGGGCCGCGCGCCGGGGGACGGCACCGCCGUCCGGGCGGCCCCCGACGGCGGGUGCUGCGUCGCUCACGGCGGCGCCGUGCGCGUGUACAACUGGGCGCUGGAGGAGCGCCGCCCCGUGCACUACCCGGGCCACGUGCCGGUCAACGACGCGGCGUACCUGGACGCGGCCACGCUCCUCGUCGCCGCGCGGGAGCGGCCCGGCCGGCGCGACGACGGCGGCGUGGCGGCCUUCUCCGCGCUCACGGGCGAGCCGCGCCACCGCUUCCGCGUGGCCCACGACCGCCAGCCCAGGUCCUUCACCGCCGGCGCGCUGGCCCUCGGCGCGGGGUGCGACGUCUUCGCCAGCUGCAAGGGCCGGUUCAACGAGUACGGGGUCGGCGUCCGGGACUGGAACACCGGCGAGCAGGCCGACUUCUUCUACGAGCCGCCCGGCUGCGCGCUGGGCGACGCCGACAGGCUCCAGUGGCUCGACGCCACCAGAACGCUCAUGGUGGCGACCAUGUUCCCGCGGGCCGACUCCUCCUCCAUCAGCCUGCUGGACAUCCGGGACAAGAGCGUCGUCUGGUCGUGGUCCGACGCCGGCACGCCGGCGUCGCUCGAGGACAAGCACGCCGUCCACGCCGUCGCGAUGGAGGACGGGAGGUCGGUGUGCGUGAUCAACCAGUACGACGACCUCGGGUUCCUCGACCUCCGGAAAAACGCCGCCGGCGUGCGCUGGAGAUCGCGGAGCAAGCUGGCGACGAGCGGGAAGACCAAGGCGUGCGUCGAGGAAACCUGCUACCCGAAGCUCGCCGCGCACAGCGGCCAGCUGUUCGCGUCGACGGGCGACACCAUCUCGGUGUUCAACGGCGCCGACCACGUGCUGACGUCGACGCUGCGGUGCAGCAACGGCGGCGCCAUCUGCGACUUCUCCAUCGGCGGCGACCGCCUCUUCGCCCUGCACAGCGAGGAGAACGUGUUCGACGUCUGGGAGACGCCGCCGCCGGCGAUCAUCUGACUGCCCAACGAUUAGUCUUUUUACCCUUGCAUCACUAGAAAGGUAAUUACUGACACAGGUUCCGACAGAAAACACACGCUCUCUGUAACUUGCUCGUCAUUAGGAGUUGCGAUAACGCUCGUGUUUUGUUUGUACUAGAAUCAAAUAUGAAUGGAUAUCAUAUCAGUGGGGCACUGUCAUUCUCGACAAGACAAGCACCUUUCUUUUGCUCUCUGUUCCUUCUGAUGUUCAUGAUCACCCAGCAAAGAUCGCUGCUGCUGAUCCCGAACACAUCAGCAGGAAAUCAUGGGCUGCGUUCUGUCGAGAUCAUUGUCUACCAGAUGUUUCCGGGGUUUCAGUUUGUGAAGAUACUAGCGCGAAAGACCUCUUCUAC